AUGGAGAAAUGGCAGCAUGAUGGUAAUCUUAAGUGCCUAUUCUGUCAUGAGGGUGCUGAUAGUCAUGAUCACCUUUUCUUUCAAUGUCAGUUUACUUGGAAAAUCUGGGAGUAUAUGAGGAGUAUGACUCAAAUGGUGAAUAUUAGUUCCAGAAUGGAGGAUAUUAUGCAGGAGAUUGGUGAUAAGCAUGAGCAGAACAGUAUUAGUGAAAGGAAUUCAAGGAUUUUCAGGAAGGAAGAAAGGACUGCAGAGGAUCUGUGCAGGAUUAUAAAAGAUAAUGUUAGAUUUAAGUUGCUUGCUUUAAAAGUGAAGAAAUCUAAAAGAGUGAUUGAAAUGGCUGCUAUGUGGAAUCUUAGUUGGAGGAAUAAUACCGUGUAUGCUAGUUAA